CGCUUGUUGGGAACGUCUUUUCAUCCUUUGCCAGACGAGUCUGUAAAAGUGCUGUUGCGCACGUCUUAUAUCUAAGUACAAGUGACUGGGCUAGUCAUUUAAUCAUGGAACAAACUGCACAAACCCCUGGAAAACAGCAGGGCAGGCAGCAGCCUGUGUACGACACCAGAAAUGGCGGGCAUUAUGGUGCUAGCGCAGCGCUUUCUGCGCAAGGCUAUGCGCCUGUUGCUGAGCUCUAUACCGGGACAUGGGCGAAUGUCAACCAAGGCCUGCAGGGAACCGCCCGCGAUAUACUUACAACAUAUUGGCAGCACAUCAUCAACCAUCUAGAGUCGGACAACCAUGAUUACAAGAUACACCAACUACCACUGGCUCGCAUCAAAAAGGUCAUGAAGGCUGACCCAGAGGUUAAAAUGAUAUCAGCGGAAGCACCAAUACUUUUUGCCAAAGGCUGUGAUAUCUUUAUCACUGAACUGACCAUGCGGGCAUGGAUUCAUGCCGAGGACAACAAGCGGCGUACGCUACAGAGGUCUGAUAUUGCAGCAGCACUAUCAAAAUCUGACAUGUUUGAUUUCCUCAUUGACAUAGUACCUCGCGAGGAGGCCACGUCCCAUGCAAAGCGGUCUAGCCAGACAGCUGGAGCUUCUGCAGGCGUCCCCGGCCCUGCAGGAGCCACCGGCCAACUGCCACCAUCCCAACACGGUGUUCCCCACCACAUGCCUCCGCCGGACUAUAGUACCCUCGGUCAGCAUGGGCUCCAAGAUCAAGAAUAUCGGCCGCCAACGAUGUAUGCUGGAGCUGUGCAGUCUGACCCGACGGCUGCUUAUGGUCAGCAUCAGCCUCAGAUGUUUGAAGGAAUGUAUGCAGCGUAUCCGCAUCUACCACCCCAGCAGUGAGUGGUGACGGCACUCAGAGCCAGGUACAACCUGAGCGGCACACUAAGAUUAUACGUACAACGGCACCAUGCCAUGGUUUCGGUUACCCCGGUAAAGGAAGUGGCCGGCUAUGUACUGUGUAGCAACAGCUGUGUUGCAGAUUUA